AUGACAUUUGACAGUAAACACUUAAUCUUUGUUGAAAAUGAAGUAGCAUUUUCAAAUUCAUAUAUCCGAGUAUUUUACAAAGGAGUCGACUUUUCAUUCUGUUUACAACAUCAUUGUUGGAUACUUAAAAGUGGCGAAAAAGACCACAGUUCUUACUUUAAAGAACAUCACCAACAACACCGAAACCCCAGUCAACAAGAAAUGGAAAAUUACAAAGCUUUUAUAACAGCCGACACAAACUCCAAAAUAUCAAAAAUAUCACAUCCAAGCGACCCAUCAAUUAUGUACACUAAAAAUGAUAUGUGUAUUUCAUUUGCUAAAGGUCCUUUUGUUAAACAAAGAAAUCUAUCUUUGUUUAAAAUAUAUGAUGAUAAACACUUGAGUGAAAACAACGUCAAUCAAUAUGAAACACCAGUGUUUGAUUCGGAGUGUCAAUCAACACAACAAAUACUAAAAACAAUAAAUGGUGGAUUUGACAACGAUGAAGAUGAAGCUGAAUUUGACGAAAUUCUGUUAGAUGAAAUGCUGAGAGCCGAGAGAAUUAUUGAUCAAGAAGAAUUAAAUGAACACGAUGAAGCAUCAGAAUAUGAACAAAUGUUGAAUGAUGAUCUUAUUGAAGAGAUUAAGAAUAAGAAAUU